AUGUUGGCUCCUCAAGACCAGGCCUCAACUGCAGAAGCGCGAACUCUCGUGCGACCUAUACAUGUAUGGCUUGAUCAAAAUGUCAAUACGGACGAAAGUAAUCGUAUUAUGAAAGAAAAAUUCAAAGGAUCAGUCCAUCGAUUUGAAGCGUUCGACAGUAUUGAUCAAUGUGAAAGAUUCAUUGAACGUUGGAGUAGUCGUAAUAUUGUGUUCAUAGUUUCUGGUUCUUUAGGAAGAGAAAUUCUUCCACGAAUUCAUUCGUUACCUCAAUUAUUGAAAUGUUAUGUAUAUUGUGGAAAUAAACAAGCGAAUGAACAAUGGGCUCAACAAUAUUUUAAAAUCAAAGGUGUUUUCGAUUCAUCUGCUGAUCUUAUCAAAGUCAUUGCGCCUUAUCAUUGUUGA